AUUGACGCCAAGCGACGAUGGAGCUGGCAGGCAUUGACGGAGCCUGUGCACUUGCGACGUUGGAGCUGAGGAGGGGGAGGGCGCUUGUGCAGGGUGGUGGCAGCAGCGGUGGUGGCGGCGACACCGUCUCAUCGUGCGACCUCUUUCGACCCCCCGGCAAACCGGGAACCCGACGCAAAUCUCAUUCUACCGACCCUCCUCACCGCCACCUCCCAGCGACCGGACCUCUGGACCCCCCCUGGCGGCCACUCGCCUUUGUACCGUGGCGCUCGACCGGUGAGAGAGAGUUUGAGGGAUGGCGACGCUUUGCUCGGAGCCGAAACGGCGGGCGGUGUCGUCAAGCAUUGCUGUCCCUCAUGUAAGGAAGAAGUCUGGUGAAGCGGAUAUGAACGAGGUGAUGGCUGCGAUGGUGCUCAGCAGUCUGUCGACCAGCCCUCUCGUGCGGAGCCCGCCCGGCCUCUCUGGCCCUCCUGGCCUUUCCGCAGACGCCCAGUCGUGGCACGAUGCGGCCGUGUCGGCAGGCAUGGCCGCCGUCUGCGGCGCCGACCUCGCCGCCAGCUUCGGAAGCAGCAGCGGCGUCUGGAGCUGGGAUCUCCCCAGCGACCGGUCCAACCCAUCUACGCCCUCGCCCCCCCUUCCCGGGGACUCCAUCCCGCUAAGUGGCGCCCCCCUCGGCAACGCAGCCACCUUUGCCGCCGCUCCUCCGCGGAGCACCGCUCCGUUCACCGCGGCCGCCGCCGGUGCGUUUGCGGCCGCCCCCUUCCCCGUCCGCCACGGCGUCGCCACCGAACUGGCCCGGAAGGACCUGGACUUUUCCCGCGGCGACGUCGGUGUGGAUGGGCGCAAGGUAAACGCCGCCGCUGCAGUUGCCGCCGCCAAUGCUGCUGAAUUUCAGAGUGGCGCCAACCCAAACCGUGACGCCGCCAACCCUGCCCACAAAAAGAAGCCAUCCGGCAGCGUUGGCGGCGGCAUUGGCUGUGGUGGCGGCAGUGGAGUGAAACCGGGCUUCAAGCUCGGCUCUUUGUCCAUGCCCACCACUACCGAAGUCCCCAUUCCCUUGGACUUUGACUGCCUAUCAUCAUCUCCCUCGUCCGAUUCUCCACCGUCACCGCAGUCCCCGCCGGCGCCGGCACCACCGGACGGCGUGUGCCUAAAGCGCGCGGCCCUUUCCCACGUCUACUCGUCGCGGCUGGCGCAGCUGAUGGUGCAGCCGGAGGGCGGCGGAAGCGGCGGAGGCGGGCGCGGGCACGGCGCCGCUUUCGGCGAGGCAGCUCGUCCCGGUCGCGACGAAGGCGUCGCGGUGGGGGCGAACUGCGUCGGCAAACUGGCGCAGGAGGCUAACCGCGGCGGUACGACGCCGCCCGCUCCCGUGAGCGCGCACCACCCGGCCUUCCCGUCCUCGAAGCCCGUGAGCGUCCCCGCGAGACGCGGGGUGGCGCGGGGACCGGCCCCUGAUGGACCCGACGGAGCCGGGGCCGCCGGUGCCGCCGCCGCCGCGGCGUUUUCAGACGACGGGCACGACGGGCACGCGGCUCAGAGCGAGCUGCUGUUCGAGGAGCCGUCGCCGCGCAAACGCAAGAACUCAAUGAAGGUGAUGUUCAAGUGCAUGUGGCCAAACUGUGAAAAGGUCCUGAGCACCUCAUCUGGGAUACAGCGACACAUCCGCACCAUCCACUUGGGCCGUAACGGUGACUCGGAUCUCAGCGACGGUGAGGAGGACUUCUACUACACGGAGGUGGAGGUGAGCGUGGAGUCCGUGACCGACGGCCUCAGCAGCCUGUCGGCCGUGUCGCCGACCGUGUGCCACCUGCCCUCGGUGGUGGUGCCACCUCACCCACACCACCACCACAACAACAACAACCACCCGCACCACCUGCAGCAACUGCAUCAGCAGCAGCAGCAGCUGCAGCACCGCGGAGAUGGCCGUGGCGUCCUGCCGCUGAGCCAUUCGGCACCAACGGCAGCCGCAUUCUGGCACGUGCGCGCCGAUCACGCGUACCAGGCAACGCCCCCCUUGUCGGUCCCAGUGGGCGAAUCUGGUCGCGGUGUCGGCAUGAGUCUCGGCAGCGUCUCCUGGCAGAGUCCUACCUUCAGCUCACCAGUACAGGUAUCGCCGACGCGCCCGCGCGUGGCUACGGUUGCCGAGCACCGCCUGCAACAUCACCACCACCACCACGCGCACCACGCGCACCAUCCCCAUCACCCCCAUCACCCACAUCACGCUGCCUCGCCCAAGGCCCACGUUCUACUCUCCUGCUCGCCCAAGUCUGGGCCUGGUGUCAGGAAGAUCCGCGGGGAGGGAAAGAAGUGUCGCAAGGUGUACGGCAUGGAAAACAAGGACAUGUGGUGCACUGCCUGCCGUUGGAAGAAAGCCUGCCAGCGCUUCCUCGACUGAAAUCUCACCUCCACAGCCCAGCCUAGUGCAGCCCGGUCCAGCCUAGCCUAGCCUAGCCCAGCCUAGCACCAUCUGUCUCUUCGUCCCCACUCCUACAGAGAUUCCCUGACCCCCCCCCCCCCCCACCGUCUGCUAUGGUGGUUUGGCCCAUCACCCGUCAAGUGUCCGGGGUCCCAUCUCUGUGAAUCGGCUGGAACUGCCGAAUCAGCCUUCGUCAGUUUGCUCCGUCGUUUGGUGGUGGAGGUGGUUGUUGGUGGUGAUAAUGGUCAAGACACGGGCACGGUUUUGCCACAAAGAUGUUGGGUGAAGAGGGAAGGUAUUAAGAUCCGGCUGCGUGAGUGAAGUGGGGGUCCACACAGCUCGUGAGGACGAAGGUUGACAUCAGGGGGGACACCUCCGUUAACGCCACGUCAAUCUCGAUGGUGGAAACUACUCCCAACGACGCAAACCAUCGGGAACGAUCCACGCUCAAUUUAUUUUUUGCCCCUUUUUAUCUGCGACCGGCAGAAUCGUCGAGGAACGGAUGUGUCCCACGUGGGUAAUUUGGAGCUGUGGGGGACGUGGUUUUUUCUGCCACGGUGGAAGGCUCGCACGAGCCGCCCGCGGUGGCAUGAAACCACUUUGAGGGAUGGGGGGUGGGAGACAUCUAAUUUUACAAAUUGCCACGGGAUAAUGGGAAUUUCCACGUUCCUAAUUCCAGCCUAUGACUCGGGACUAGUUCACGAUGAAGAUUAAAAAAAAAUCAGCAAGAUCCUUGCGCGACAGUGACGGUGAGAGAGCAAAUUUCUGUUCGAACAAAGAAAAUACGAACCCCGAGUUUUAUUUUGGAAACUGCAACGUCGCACGCUUAGCUCUGUUUCGACGCGAGACGAAGUCGCAAUUUGUGCAGGCAAACAUGCGACCCAAAGCAUCGCGCAAUCACUCUCUCCGUUUUACCUUCCAUACAUAGAGGUGUUCACAUUCAGAACACGAUAAAAAUAUGAGAAACACUCUCUGGGAUAAGUAUUAUAGGACGAUACGAUCACAAUACAACUCUUAUGAUUUAUAAAGUAAGCUCUGCGAUUCAUAUUCCUGCAGCUGACUAGGUAGGAACAGCCUCAGAACACGAAGACCCCUGUUGGUGGGAAAACUUCCAUUUGUACUCGUGACAGAACAAUGCUUAAUACAUGAGACUCUUCAAACUUUGAAUCAAGAGUUCAGCUCACUCCAGCAGUCGUUAGAGCCUGAACUGUUUUGAAUCCGAUCGUAGCCGCUUAUCCUUAAUACGGCUAAAAUCUUCCCUCUUCAUAAAAAAGUGCAGCCUGCUCCAGUUCACACAAUUGCUCCUUUCCUCACUGAAAUUAUACAACGGGAAAGCAUUGGACUAGGUAGGAAAUCGAUUUUUUUUAUUGACGCGGUCAUUCAAAUUCUCACGAACCGAAAUGGAAAUAAAUAAAUAAAUAGAAAUUCCUUUUUUCAAACAUGGAACAUUUACACAAAAGUUACGUGCAGAAUGACCAAAAUGCAUGUGAAAAGGGAAGUCUGACAAGGUGGGUCUAUUAGCACAGGUUUUGACACGAACAAAAACAGCUGCCGGAGAUGAAGAUCCAGCGAUCAAGACGUCAUCGUGGCCAAAGCCGUCGAUAGCCGCCACCACCACCACCACCUUUGCCAACACAGCUCACUACCAACAACCCUCUUACCCUGUAAUAGGUCCCCUUGCUGCGCAGGAGAGACGCGCAACCUCUGUCUCAGAUUUACCCGAACCAGUUUCCCACUAUUUGCUCUUGCCGUCUUCUCCUGGAUCGCCGGACUUUGUGGAGACCACUUCGCAAUUCAAUCAAGAGGUUGUCUCGGUACGGCUCAAUUACCACGAUGGGGCCAUGGCAGUGAACCCUGAUGUGGGCCCUAGGCGACUCCCCAUCAUCACGACCAUGACCCCCCCCCACCACCUCUCGGCUUCCCAGAGUCCCCGAGGCUCUACUGCAAAAUGUCAUCGGUGCGAUGACGUAACAACGAAAACCGGCCCUUCACUGCAGUCGUCCGCAUCUUCCGUCCAUGCCGCUACGUCUGUCGAACCAGCAGCUAAAUAAUUUAGAGAUUUGAAACUUUCACGGUUUCCGUUCCACUCUCUCGGAGAGAGAGAGAGAGAGACGGAAUGAUUCUGAGUCGCGGGGAUAACCACAGACAAGCGGGGAAAGAGGCAGCCAAUAAAGAAACCGGCGCUAACAAUCGUCCCAAGCGCUGUGUUGCUAAAUACUGCGACGAUUGGCGAAGCUCCAUUCGUGAGUGCGCUUAAAGGGCACCACUGGCUUCUCGGGAAAACUUCACAACCAAAUCUCGGCAGUUUGGGGGUAGUGUGGGAGCUUGGGACACUGCGGAGUCGUAAGGAUUUAAUUUGGGUUUUUUUUUAUUUGUGCCGAGACUAGAGAGGGUGGGGGGAGAGCAAAAAAAAAAACUGAUGUUAAACGUGGAGAGAAAAAAAAAUCUUCCCCCUACCCCCGCACCACACACCCACGAGACAAAAAAAUAACCGACUGGAACUGUGCGUUUUGAGGAGUGUGCUGGAGAUUGGGGAUGUUGGCGUGGAGAGUGCAGUCGACGUGGUGACUGAUCAGGGGGAAGUGUAGACAGAGCAAAGUAGAAUAACUUGGGGGGGGGGGGGGUGGCAGCGAGCGACGCAUUGGUGGCAGCAAGAGCGGGGGCUAGAUGCGUCCCAAGGGGUUGCGAAGACCCAGGGGAUUGAAGGAAAAGAAGACGACGACGAUGAUGGUGAUGCUGUUGAUGGGACGUGCCCGAUGGGGGGGAACAUUAAUGUGCCGGACGUGGAGUCGCUGGAGUUGCCACCUUUGAGCUACAAAAAGAAACCAGAGACAUUUCAUGGGAAGAAGAAGAACAACAACAAUUUCACCCAAUACUGGAAGAGUGGAGAACUACAUGUAAACGCAUUGUCUCAAGUGGUAUCUUAUUAACGCAACUGACAAAAGGGCAGGACUUUGUUUAUCAACGUCUGUUCCCCAGGGGGAAAGAUUUUACAGAUUGCCACAGUAACGAAAUGGACAAUCCUGGGAAAUCCGGGACGGGUCGCAACCCCGUGGAGCCACGAGUCACAUAGCUUGCCCACCGUGGCGUGGGCCCCGAGAGUUGCACCACGUGCUUGCUGUCACGUGUCUCGUCUCACACGCCGUGAGUUUUCCUCUCUCUGCCAAUCUCCUUUGUGUGCUCCUUCGAUGUUGUGCUCUACCCUUCUCGCGAGCCCUCAAGGCUUCGUGAUGGAUUUGGGGCUAAGGUUCGAGAGGUGCUUUAAGAACAAACGACACGCUGCACUUAUAUAAAACAAAAUAGGGCAACUCAUUUGUAUAAAAUACUACAGCGGUUUAAAAUUAUAAAAAAAAAGUGGUUUCAGCGAGACCAUUUACAUGUUUGGGUCCUCGCUUGUUGGUGCACAAUAGUGGUGUCUAUCGCAGCCGGUCAAAUGUUAAGGUAAAAAAGCAUACACGUUAACGAGUAAGCAUACAGUUUCUUUCGUUCGGAUGUUUUUUCGUUACCAAUUUACAAAGCGUUGAGUGAGUAGGGUGCUAUAUUUAAUUACUUUUGUUAACUGCCACACAAGGGCUGAGUUUAGUAGGUUUUAAAGCAGGGCACCCACCGCCAUCCACUUUUUUUGCUGGGGACGAGAUGAUGAUGAUGAUUGUUGAGACGUGAAUGUCCAGAGACGUGGCCAGUAAACUUUACCCGUGCAAUGAGAGCAAGUCGCGGGAGAAUAGUUGGUGGUCGCUACUUUUUGCGCAUGGAGCAAGGGCCGGAUUUAUGGUGGAGGGAUAAUAUCUUUGCUCCAAUCGGAUGCGGUUUCCUUAGGUAUGAGGGUACCUUUCACCCUUGUCAGCCUUGUGGGGAGGGGGGGGGCAAGGCUUUGUGAUAUCGUCCUCUUGAUAUGACCGAUUGUAGGGAACGCUGCCCCGUGGUCCGUAUCGGUUGGCAUGCUGGAUUUGCAAACCAGAGGUCGCCGGUCCUGUUAGAUCUCCCGGCCACGGAAUUGGAAGCAGUGCGGAAAAGAGUUUAUAACAAAUUAGCUCUCUCUCUCCCGCCCCACACCCCCAAACCAUCCAUCCUCCGUCCACCCAUCAGUAUAAAACGGGUACAUCACAAGUUAGUCGAUCGGCAGGUCGUGAGUGGUGGGGGUUAAAGUGUGGGUGUACUACCUCUUCGGAGAGAGACGUGUAUGGCCGGGGGUGGAGGAGUCGGCCAGAAACCCCCCUCUGAGCAAGUUGUUGGUUCCCGAACCCUUUUCUGGCCACACGUUGGGUGGCAGUGUCAACAACUCAAAACAAUCUUCGCGGAAACCGCCAUGCGGUAAGCAACAGCAAAAAAUAAUCUGGUGGUGGGAACAUGUUUUUGUAUCUGAACCACGUCGCCCUGUACCACUUUCCCCCACGCGGCCUUGUGGACCACAGUAAUUGGAGGAAUCGCUUCUGUGCAGGGGUCCGUCUCGAACGGACUCGAGAGCUCCCUCUAGCGAAGGCAUUUGGGUCGGCGUUGGCGCGAGCAGGCAAAGUACAGGGCGACAGCACCGUGACGAACACGUUUUCAUAAAAUGGCCAUCCUGAUUACCGUUUCACUGGGUCGUGGUCACAUAAUUGGCAAGUGUUUGUCCGUGGUAGGCUUUCACCACCCGACUUAGCCAAACGAAUCUAUGCGUCACGCGUGCAAGCGUUUUAACAACGCGUCAAUUCUUGUCGCUGUUUCCGUCUUCUCCCAGUGAGUUGAAGAAGCAUUGUCACAACCAGAGUGGGCGAUUGGAUACGGGACGUUUCAUUCUGACUUGCUGGUGACGCAAGUGUCUCCCAGUCUUCUGGGUUUUUCCCUCCACAUUUAGAAAUGACAUCGCGCGUUCAGAUUAUUUGGCUGCUAUAACUUCCACGCGAUGAUGAUGAUUUCAGCCACUUUGCUUGAGCAAUCAUUUCUGAUAGCCAGGUCGCUUCUGAACAAAAAGCUUCAUAGCUCAGUAGGGAGUCUUACCCGGCAAAAUAAACGAUAGUUUAUAUCGUCGAUGUUAAGAGGACGUCAUCCGACAUCGCCUUCUGGGCCUAUUGGGGCACUUGCUCACACAACACCACGGAUCUCUCUUGGGAAAAUAGCCAGGAAACUCGGGGGGCGGGGUGGUGGUGGUGGUGGUGGGGGGGCAGAGAUCCCUAAAUCCGGCCCUGCCAAGCGAGUGACUGGCAGAACGGCGACGCCACUUCCGCGACACGAUGCCAAAUAUUUCACAGCGGGGAAGUCCAACUCUCUCGGUUCGCAGACUCAGGAGUGGGGGGAAGGGUUAAAAAAGUGGCAUUUUGUGGUGUGACGACAAGAGCUGACUUUGUUUUUUUCGUGUUGUUUGUAAAGGAUGAAAAGUUGAAAGUCUAAACGGUGAACAUUUUGUCGCGAGCGAGGCCCAGCAAGCGGCUGCAACGUCGUUGAGGUGCUUUUCCAAUGUCGAGUUACGCCGUAAACACGGCGUGGUUAGUAAUACAAAAAAAAAUUGUGAAAUAAUGACUACAAUAGUAAAAAAAACAAAUCGUUCAUACUACUGCGCAGGGUUUAUUUUUUCCCACGGUUGUGCCGAUGUUUUUUUUGCGGGGUUGUACGGCCAGCCCGUUUCGGUCUGGCGUCUUGUCCCGACGUUUCGCUCCCACGUCCUGCGUUGAGGGCCUCGGGGUGGGUGCCUGGGAGGUUCGUUGCAAACUGCAUUUUUUUAGUUGCUGCUGCUCUUGAACAAGGCUCCUGAAUCACGUGGAGGCGAAAAGUCGGGCUUCGUGCCGAAACGGGCUCAACGACCCCCCAAAAAACACGUCUGGAGAGAGAGAGGAGAGAGAUCGCAGCGAACUGAAAUUCAAAUUUCAUGCCCACGCGCGAACCUCAUCCUCGCCGCGGAAACGUUCAGCCGCUUUAACUUCACCUUUUUAUCCCCACAAGUCGCUUGUUGGAGAGUUGGUUCUCAAUCGAGCCUCUCGCUCGCUCGUUCACUCCGUUGGCUCUGUUAUGAAUGUUGUUCAUCGUUUGCGGCGAUAAGAAUGGUGGUGAGUGUUUGAAAAAAAAAAAGGUUCCAGGUGGUGGCAGUAGAGUUGUGAGUCGAUUGACGGGUGGGAUGGACGGUGGGGGUGGUGGUGCCCCCCACUCACAUCACCUGCCCACUGCCAAACCAUCACAGGGGACCCACCCACCCACCCCAUAGGUGACACGUGGAAACUUGCAACGAACGUAUGGCAGCACCACCGUCCCCCCCCCACCGUCUCCCCUUUACAGACGCAGGCAUUGCCCAUGGUGGUGAGUUGGAGGGGGAUUCCUUCGACCGUGUGUACUCCAGCACGUGGUACACAACUACACUGUGCAUAGUUUAAUGGGUGUCUUGUAAAGAAAAACUGCAGAAAAAUUCGAUAACCUACAAAAGUGAAAUGUAAAGUUAGCUUUGAGAUGGGUUUAAGUGUGCGGCGAAGGGGGGUGAGUUUUGAUCACGGUAGAGUCAUCUGUCAAGGGGGGGGGUAGGGGGUGUGUGGAGAUUAUUCAAUGAAUAUUGACAUGGUUUUUCAAUAGGUGGUCAAUCGUUUCAGUGAAACCAGGUGCCGCUCUCAACCUGGUUAAACAAAGUCAGCGUGGGACGAGAGUUACCGUGUCCCGAGCCUCACCCGCCGCGUUACAUGGGAGAGACGGCGGGGCACGGACAGAGAUGCUACUUCGUUUUAACGAAAACAAAAGUCGACGAUGGGGUUGUCGGCGUGCGUCAGUGACGAGCCGGUGUUGUCGAAAAAGAUACAUGCGGGUUGUCGAUUUUAAUGAAAACAUACGUGUGGGUUAUCGAGUUUUUUCUUUAUCUCUAUCGCCAGCUAACACCCCCCCCCCACCUUCUCAAUGAUUUCCCUCAUCAUCAAAAGCGUGGCCUGCCUGAGAAAGAUGCGUGUCCGAACGUGUUUGUGAUAUCGUUUUUGGUUUGUCACAGGAACGCACUGGAGAUGAUGGUCGUGAAGGGCACGACUCGGGGUUUUCCAAACUCCAGUACUCGCGCCUUUCCGCGACUAUCACCCGACUCCUCCCGUUCAGUUACAAAUCAAAUUCGUUUCGCGCUUCACGCGCCCGAUGAUUGUUAAACACGUCCCACUUGACGCGUAAUUUACGCUGCCCUCAUGUGGAGCACGUGCGUGCGCGCACACACAGAAGAUGUCUACACACACGGGACACGUGUACAUACAUCCACACGGAACACGUGUACACACACAGAAGAUGUAUACACACACUGAACACGUGUACACACAUCCACACGGGACACGUGUACACACACACACAAGAUGUAUACACACACGGGACACGUGUACACACGGAACACGUGUACACACACAGGAGAUGUAUACACACACACAAGAUGUCACACGGGGCACGUGUACACACACCCACACGGAACACGUGUACACAGAAGAUGUCUACACACACGGGACACGUGUACACACAUCCACACGGAACACGUGUACACACAGAAGAUGUAUACACACACAGGAAAUGUAAACACACUGAACACGUACACACACACACACCGAAAUUUCAACCUUCAUUUGAAUCGGCUCUCUACGCGGUGCCGCGUGGAACUUGUUUAACAAUCAUCAGGCACGCGCAGCGCGCGACGAGUUGAAUGGGAGGAGUCGUCGUUUGGUAAACGCGGAGAGACGCGGCGCGUUGGUGAUGGCGGUCGUGGUGGUGGUGGUGCGCCGCGGGGACUGGAGUUUGGCAAACCGUACGUACUUACGUAGUGAAAACGAUGAUUUUUUAAGAGGGGGUGGAGGGUGGGUGCCCUUAGUUCAUCAGGAGUGCUCGGUGCUUUAAUCAUUCAGCGGCCCCGUCGUUUGCACGGGAGGCCGCGAUCAGAAGUGUCGAUUGACUUGUCGCGUGGGCAAUCAAUCCACCCCUUCCAUGCUACACGCCCGCCGUCCCGUUUGCAAAAACAACAACAACAACAAACAACAAGUGCUUGCGGCGGAUUCACGGCCGUCGGCGGUUUGAAUUGGAAUUGGACAAAACGCAUGCGCUUGUAUCGAUCCUUCAAGUGCAACCACACACUUGUUCUAAACGAUGAGACCCCCCCCCCCCCCCAUUCACAAGAGGGGAGGAGAAUAUGCCGGGACCAGGAGCUUUGCGGUGGGCCGCUCUUGCAAAAAAAAGAGAGAUGCCCUCCGUAUAGCCCCGAUAGGCCUUAAAUUCGCGAGAAAAUUACAAAAUCCCGCGUCUUGACGUGAAGAUUUUGACGACGCGCAAAGCUCCGCUUUUCACAAAACGUGCACGGUGCUGCCUUGCCUGCAUGCCCAUGCGACCCGCUCCACACACAUUGCCUGUUACAAGACGGGUCUCUGCCUCGUCUCGAGACCACGCGCGCUGUUGGUGUGGUGUAAUCAACAGCAACAACAAUGAUGGAGAUGAUACGGCCUCACUCGGCUCUCUCUCUCCCAGUUUCUUUUGAAAUGCCUUUGGCCCGCCAAAUGUAUUUGAAACUUCUGUUAGGCCUUCAGUAAGGGGAAGGGUUCCCCCAUCCACCCCUGCUUUUAAGUUUAUGAAAGUACAAAGUCAAAAGUGCAUUGUCCCAUAAAUCACCAUUUGAGGCAUUGGUGCGCUCGAUCUGUUCAGACCUGCGGCUAGAGCAAGUGGUGGAAAUUCUACCUUCCUGUGACGGGCGGGGCGGAGGGGGAAGGCGAGUUUAUCCUUAGGACAAGCACUGUUGACGCCUCCCACAAAGUGGUAGGCAAUUUAUCGACCUCCCCCUCCCACCCCCCAGCGUGAUGAUGGGCUGAGUUAGCCCUCCAAUCUGGAAGUGAACUCGCAACGUGGUGGUUGUGAGCCGCUCGCUCUCCAGUUGAGCGACCUGGCCGGCAAUGUUUAUAUGUCUCGCCCAUGACCCCCCCCCCCCCCCCCCCCCCAUCUAAUCAAAUCUGAUUUGCCGAAACAGUAUUUUUCAGAGAGUGGGGUUUUCAUUACAGCAAGUAAUGGCCUCUGUGGUUCAACAUUGGUUUAACUUUGAAAGCGCUCAAAGGAACCAAAGGCCUCCUGAACGUUGGGCUGCGUUUUGAGCGAUUGGCUCGAGGGGCCCAGCCCUCCCAACUGAUUAGACUCCAUUCCGCAGUUUUCCCUGCGGGUUUGGUGCUUUGACUGAGCUGCGUUUGUCGUUACACUUAAGACGCGCGGUGUUGUUUUCCAUGCUAUUGUUUUCGACCGAUAACUGGACUCUCUUGUGAGCGUCGUUUCAGUAUUCGCAGCUUACGGAUUUAACUUUUAUAAAAGCAGUAUCCGUCAUUCCAUUGCAAAGUGCGUGUGUUUCGGUAACUUUAACGUAAUAAACUAAAACAAGACACAUGCAAUGCAACAUUGGGCACGAUUCGCAUACAUCUCGCUGCCGUUGAGAAUCACCUUGGCUCAUGUUUUUGUUUAAACGUUUGCUGCAGUCGCUGCCCCUUUGUCGGUGCCAGUCCACUGCUGGAUGAAGGCCUCCCCCUCGCAGCUCGAGUACGACCAUACUUCACCGCGCUGGUCCCAUCAGUGCGGGGUUGGUGAACGAAUGCGGGAGGCAUCCAUUAACCGGGUUUCAGACAUCGGUCGCCAACUGGCUGGUGUUUGUUAGCCGUGGCGCCGGAAAUCGAACUCAGGUCGCGAGAUAUACAAGCGUUACAUUGGCGGCAGCGGUUGUGUUCUGAGUUUAAAGCAAACACACACUUGUUCAUGGCUGUAGCUGUUGCUUAUUAAUAUACUCUCGGUUGUUCGACGCGCGCAAACGAAGAGUCGCUUCCCGUUGCCGUGUUCCGCUCCGCGAGAUUGCAAAUGUGAACCGUAAUCGUGUCCUGGAUUGAUUUUUUUUUUGUGUGGCUUGGGUUGGGCCGCUCAAAGAGAGUCGGAGCCAGCCCAGCGGUGCAACGCUUCGAGGGGGCGGGGGGGGUCGUGAAAAAUUGCAUGAAAUAUUAACAACUUUUUAGGUUUUCUUUGGGGGGGGGGGGCUAGACCCAGUUUUAAUCAGGCCGUGAAGCGCGCGUACGACGCUUAACGCUUAAACACACGCACACGUGCGCGAGUGAGCCAUAUGACCGACCGAUGGUGACGAUGGUGACGAUGAUGAUGACAAUUUACAGGGUUUAUUAUCAUCGGCGCGGGGUUGCUCUCAAGAGAUGGAACGCUCCGUUCUCUCGAUCGCUCGGCGGGCGAGGAAGCCCCGAGCCUCGUCUUUAAGAACCGCGAAUCGAGCGGCGCCGUUCACGAGACCUAUUGAAUGUUCGAUGACCGACGAGGUAGUGGAGUGGUUGAACUUGAGCAGCUACUUCGAGAGUCUGCCCCGCACCCUCCCCCAUCAUCUCAACAUCCCUGAAAGUUGUUGUUGUUACACGGGUCGUGAGAAAAGAAGAAGAUGUAAGGGGAAGAAGAGGGAAAAAAGCGUAAAAAAAAAUAUUUGUAAAUCGACGCGACAAAAACAAACAAAAAAAUAUUUAGUCGGAAAUAAUUCGCGCCGUCGUCUCUUUUGUGAUGUAGUCUUCCCCUGGUCCGUAAUGACACGUCGCCUCUUGAGCUUACUCCGCGACGCGGGGGCUAGCGAUGGUGUGAACUUUUAGUCUCGUGGUGUACGUGAUGUCGCUAGUCUCGAUAAUGUACUGCAGUUAGUUCGGCGAUGUUAGUGAGUUCGACGGUGCAGCAGCUGGGCUUGUUUGCGGCGAGGUGGUCGUGAGAGAGAGGAACACGGGAGGAGGGCCGAAACCACUCGCUCGCUCGUACUCGGGGGUCAUAUAUGACGACGACCCUUUGAGGUCCGCACAGACAGGGAUCACGAACCCUCUCGCCGCGCUGGCGUCUCGAGGCCAAGUCUCAAGGCCCCCGGCGGGUUCGUUAGGGAGUUUUGACAAAUCUCUGCGUAAUUUGGCGGUGGUGAUAAUUUGUAAAAAAAAAAAAUAACGAUUUAAUUGGACCUUCAAAUUUGACUUUUUUUAAGUCGCGCUGCCCAGAACUCUAAUGACGUCACCGCCAUGUGAAAUGCCAUACCCUCUUAAUACAGUGCCAGUAAAGUGACGUCAUUGGAGUGCUGAGGUGGCGCUGCUGAAAUCCACCUUCAGGCGUUAUCAUCAAGGACGCUUCUUCAUGCGGCACUCUUAAGCAUUCCAGCCAGAUUCAGAGCUGUGUGCGUUGUGGCUUCGCGUCGUUCUGGAGCGGUGGUUCUUAACCUGAGGUGGCACGCCACCCCCUGGGGGGUGCGAGUCAUGGCCAGAUUCAUCUUUUUUAGAAGGUAAAUAACCGAAAAGACAAAUUGCGCACGGGCGCGUUACGUUACAACUUAUUUUGUUUCAUCAAACUUACGUAUUUAUUAACGUUGUAUAUGUUGUUUUUUUACGAUUGAGGCUGCAGUCAAGGUUAAGAACCAAUGCUCCAAACCACCCAACAGGAUGUCGAAAUCUCCAGUGACGUCACUGCAGUGCCGCGUUAAGGCGGACAGCAGGUCUGGCGCAACUGUGGCUGGACCGCGUCCUGAUUGGUCAAAUCAUCGGCAGUGGCGUUGUCGACGUCUUAUGGACAUGGCAACAUUGUACAGCCCCUUUUGUCAAACCCACCGCUGGAUUAAGGCCUCCCCCGACCUCUUUCCGUGCCAGUCAGGGCGUGGUGUUUGACCAUACUUCACCGCACUGGAUAGUGCCAAUUGGUGAAGUCCUGGUGUCUGGUGGGUGGGGGGGGGGAGGGGUGGUAGGGUCGGUUCGGAUAUUACCCACCACAGGUUAUCACACUGCGGAGAGCAAGCGCGCUGAGAACCACUGAGAUCCACAGGGCACAUACACACACUCUCUCUCACUGCCCUAGGGGACAAUGAAAACAUUCUGAAAAGGCAGUUGUGACUUUGGGGGCACCGUAUGGAUUCUGGAGUUCCCC